AUUCUCAUCUUCAGGUGAAAAUUUCUGCGCCGCCGUGGAUCGAGUUUCCUGUCGGUCGGUCGCCGAACGAAACUUUGGAGGCAGACACGUGCUAUUUUGUAAACAUUGAAGAUGAAUGAGGAGAAGUUGAAGAAGAUGCAGAAUGCGGUGCGCAUCGGGGGCAAGGGCACCCCCCGCCGCAAGAAGAAGGUUGUGCACGCGACCGCGGCCACGGACGACAAAAAAUUGCAGAGUUCCCUCAAGAAACUGUCGGUCAACACAAUUCCUGGCAUCGAAGAGGUCAACAUGAUCAAAGACGACGGAUCCGUAAUUCACUUUAACAACCCCAAGGCCCAGGCCUCGCUAGUGGCAAACACUUUCGCCAUCACCGGCCACGCCGAGUACAAGAACAUCUCGGACUUGCUGCCCGGAAUUUUGAACCAACUCGGCCCCGACGGUCUGACGCAGCUCAAGAGGAUCGCCAGCAGCGUGGCCAGCAACCCCGCGUCCAAGUCGACCGCCGACGACUCGGACGACUUCGUGCCUGAGCUCAAGGCCAACUUUGACGAGGCCAGCAAGGCCGAGGUUUCGACUGCCGAUGCUGGGAAGUAAAUUUCAAAGGCGAGGUACAACAUCAACAGCACUAAGAAUAUCUACACUCAAACACAAUUUACCUAAAAUGAAACUCAUCAUAGUCAGGAAGUUUGAUUGUGUACGUACGAGGAACGAAAGCGCGCAAGAGAGAAACAAAAGGACACUCUGUACUUCUUUGUAUGUAUAACACUUAUGUGCUGCUCAUGCUUCCGAAAGGAUGGGUGAAUAAUUAAUUAGCUAUUCGAAAUGAAAAAAACUUUUAAAAGAAUGAAAGAGAUACGCGCUGCCUUUGCUUGUAGUUGAAAUUUUACUCGUUGCUUUGCCCAAGGUUGAGAGUUGUUGAUUGUUCAGCCAAUUUCCCCAUCGACCGCACUUGUAAGCAUAAUUUGAAAAGUCCUAACCUUAAAACUAAUCCACAUUUUAACGGUUUAAUUGUGGAUGACCUACGAUUUGACUGCUUUUUUGUUCUUUGAGCGCCCGACUUAAUCUGGAAACUGUUUAUUUGUUGUUGUGAUAAAAAGAAAGCGACGGACAGUGAUCCGCUCCCUGUUGAAUCAAAGUAUUUUGAAAAAAUGUUAUGGUUCCCCAUUUGUAAA